AUGCGAAUAAUAAACGCGAUUUUCGUGCUUUUUGUGGGCAGAUUGGUUGGUGCGGGUGAUGUGAACCUUGUUUGUGACGAGCACGACAAGCAUUUAAUUCUGGAUCUGGGCGAUCCCUACUGCACGGUCACGGGCUUUACGGUUACGCACAGUCAGAACGUGGUGCUGCACAAUUCGUGGUCCGGAAAAAAUUCGGUCAUGUUCAUGAAGUUCUACGACUCAACACUGCUCUACCUGCCCUUCCAUCUGUUCGAGACCUUUGCGAAUCUGCGCACACUCGACGUUUCCUUCACCGGCAUCCUCGAGCUGACGCGCAACACCUUCAGCUCGGCCAGCAACCUGACCUACCUGAAUUUGAGUUACAACAAUCUGACUUCGCUGCAGACCUCUGUGUUCAUUGGAGCGAAUACGCUGAUGCGGCUGGACUUGAGUUACAAUCAGAUAUCGUCUUUGAGCGAGAAUGCUUUCUGUGGGCUGCACAAUCUGAACAAACUGCAGUUGGGCGGCAAUAGGCUUAGUGAGCUGCACAAGGAUAUUUUUAAGGACAAUGCCUUCUUGGAGUCCGUUAACCUCGAGGCCAAUGAGCUGACCUAUGUAGAGCCGGAAGUGUUUAGUCGCAUGCGACGCAUCAAGGAAGUAAUCCUGUCCAACAACCAGCUCCUGCAAGUCCAUCCUGACACCUUCACUGAGGCAGCCAGUCUGGAGAGUCUGUUGCUAGCCAGAAACAAACUCUAUGCCUUCCAGCUCACCAACAAGAGCAUCGUCCAUCAAUUGCAGCUGGACAACAACCACUUAACCAAUCUCACCAUAAAUGGCACCCGUUUUGUGCGCGCCAACAACAACAAUAUCAGCGCUAUAUUCGUGCAGCAGGCAUCGCAGCUGGACACGCUGGAGCUGCGUGGCAACAAUCUGAGCAACAUUGCAAACAUAACCAGCUUAUCGGCGUUGCUAUAUCUCGAUCUGUCGUACAAUCCGAUUGGUCCGCUAAACAUCAGCACCUUCGACAACCUGAAGCGACUCCGCAGUCUUUAUCUGCGACAUAUCGGCAUCCGCUCCCUACAGUUCGGCAUGUUUUCGAAACAAAACUACCUCGAGAUACUCGAUCUGUCCUUCAACAAUCUGACCAGCCUCAACCUGGACCUAUUCGUGCCAUACCUAACCAACCUGAAACAGUUCUUUAUUGACGGCAACGCCCUCAGCGAGCUGCAUGGAAACCGCAGCCUCUCCAGUACCUUUCCCAUGCUACAGAAGUUGGGCGUUUCUCGCAACCGAUUUAAUUGCUCGUAUCUGCACCAUUUGCUCAUUCCUCCCUAUCUGGCAGAAACGGUUGCGCUGCACAUUGAACCGGACCCCAGUACGGAGGAGACACCUCACAUUCGUGACGUUUCAUGCCUCCAUCCGGAGCCAUCGAAUGAGAAGCUGCAAAGGUCCCAGGACCCGCUGACGCGACAAUUGGAGCUGUUGCAGUCACACGCCCACAAUUUGGAGCUUCACUUGCUGUUCAUGAAGGUAUUCUUCUAUAUAUUGGGCACAAUGCUGCUGCUCUGCCUUGUGGCCAUGGUGGCGCUGCGUUAUUGGAAGGUUCGACGCUCGGGUCGCUAUGAACGCAAUAGCAUUGUGUUCAAAUCGGACGCAACUAUGGAUACAAAUUUGACAUUGGAUUGAGGCGACCAAA